AUGCCUCCGCCGAAUCCUGGGCGAGACAGUGCCCGGUCGUCCGGUCCUCCUCCCGACUACAAAGCCAUUGCCGCCCAAUUCGCUGCAGCCAAACGCCGCCAGCAGGCUGCAGAGGCGGAUAGCAAGAAUGAGGAACCACGUGAGGAACAAAAGAAAGCCAGUCUCCAGCAGAGGCAGCGUGAGGCCCUCGAGGCCCGCCGAAAAGCCGCAUACGAGCGCCGCUGGGGAUGGACGCUGGGCUUCUGGGUCUGGAUGCUCUGCAUACACGUAAUAGGCAUCGCGUACUUCACGUCGGGGUUCCUGUUGACCAGAUUGGUCUUGGACGAGAAGUCAAGCUGCGACGCCAAUCCCGUGGAUGGCACAGACGGAAAAGACCUCAGCAUUCUGUCCGAUUGGAAGGGACGGGGCACUGUGGACGGCGGGUGUUGGCACCCCAAGACCUUCGACAAGGCAGUUGUUGUCCUGAUCGAUGCGCUGCGGUAUGACUUCACCGUUCCAAUAGAAGACGACGCCGAGUUCCACAAUGCCUUCCCCUUCCUGUACGAGACGGCCGUCAAGUCGCCCAACAACGCCUUCCUGAGGCCUUUCAUUGCGGACCCACCUACAACGACGCUGCAGAGACUGAAGGGGCUCACGACCGGAACGCUGCCCACGUUCAUGGAAAUGGGAAGCAACUUCGCAGGCACCGCCAUCGAGGAAGACAACCUCCUGAUCCAACUCCGGGACGUCGGGAAGAAGAUUGUGCACCUUGGAGAUGACACCUGGGAUGCCUUGUUCCCGGAAUACUUCGAGUCCAACACCAGCAGGUCGUAUGACAGCUUCAACGUCUGGGAUCUACACUCCGUCGACAACGGAGUCCUGGACCAUAUAUUCCCACUACUGCAGACGGACAAGAAGGGAGAUUGGGAUCUGCUUAUCGGGCACCUCCUUGGGGUCGACCAUGCCGGCCACCGCUACGGACCUGCUCACGCUGCUAUGACGGCGAAGCUGCGCCAGAUGGAUGACUUUAUCAGGAAUCUAGUGGAUACCAUCGAUGAUGAUACAUUAUUGGUUGUCAUGGGUGACCACGGCAUGGAUCCCAAGGGUGAUCACGGAGGUGAGAGCGAUGAUGAGGUCGAAGCUGCGCUCUGGAUGUACUCGAAGAAGGCUAUUUUCGGCAGGACGAAACCUGAGUUCGUCGCCCCGCCUGCGACGGCCAAGAUACGACCUGUGAACCAGAUCGACCUUGUUCCGACCCUUGCUCUCCUACUGGGAAUUCCAAUCCCUUACAACAACUUGGGCGCGCCCAUUGAAGAGGCAUUCGCAGGCAAGAAGGGUGAUGCCUGGAACAGCCUGGCAUCUGCGGCCCGUGUGACCGCUGCAGGAAUUCAUCGGUACCAAGCAUCGUACUUUGCUGCUCGUGGCCUCGAGCAGACAGCUGAGGCUGCUGCGCCGGCUGCCCUUUUCGGCAACGCCGAGAAGGUCCUCAAGGACGACACGAGAGGGAAGUCUCGCGAGCUUGUGUAUGCCGCAUUCAUGGACUACCAAGCAGAGACGUUGAGGAUAUGCAAGAGCUUGUGGGCUAGAUUCGAUGUGCCAAGCAUGUUGAUCGGCCUCGUCAUCACUGGGCUCGGCUUGGUAGCACUGGUCCUCUACGUUACAAAAGACGAAGAUGACGACUUUGCUGCUUUGGACAAUAUCGAGCUCGAUAUUGCUGAGAGAAAGCUCGAAGCCGAGGCUGCCCUGAUUGGCGCAAUACCGGGAGCUGUCCUUGGAACCGCAUAUGCUGCUUUUACCAACGCACAGGACUACCGACUCGCCGCUGCGGCAGCUGGUAUCACGAGUACUGUCCUAGUUGUUGGCAUUCUUGUCCGGACUUCCUUCGUGUUGCCCAUUCCGUCAAGCAUCUGGGGCUGGAUGGCCGCCGUGUUUACUAUCAGCCAGUCCAUCGGCUUUGCAUCAAACUCGUACACCAUCUGGGAAGACAGUAUUCUUCUUUUCUUUACCACCACGUUUGGCCUUGCAAGUGCACUUGCGUCUCUGAACAUCGAGAAGCUGGCAGAUCGAUACUUCGCCGUCUACCACUCGAUCCUUUUUGUCUUACUUGGUCGGGCUGUGUCCUUCUCAAAGCUCUGCCGGGACGAGCAGUACCCUUACUGCAUGACUACCUAUUAUGCGUCCUCGGCCUCUUCCACCUCCGCAACCUGGCACUUGGCCAUACCUUUCUCUGUCUUUGCCAUUCUUCCCUCGAUCAUCAAGGCAUACUACCUGCCUACCCGCUCCUACCACGGCCUGGCACCAACAUGGGUUGGCUACGCCCUUCGCGCCGCGCUCUUCCUCUCUGCCGUGUACUGGACCAUGGAUACAGCAGACAACGAGAACUGGGCUACCGGUCUUUCCGAAGGCACGCUCAAGAUCUUCAGUGUAUACACCGCACAGCUGGCCCUGGCCAUCGCCGUCGUCGCUGGCACGACUGCAUUCAUCUGGGCGCCGCCUUGCAUAUCCGUCCUAACGACCUCCACAAACGCCAAGCGCGCCCAGAUUGCCGUCCUCGGCUACGCCAACGCCAACGGCGCCCGGUACCUAUUCCUGCCGCUCAACAUCAUGACUGCUUGUAUCAUACUGUCGAAGCCGAUGGGCGGGGGUGCCAUGGCGAUUAUGAUGUGGCAGGUCCUGUCGCUGAUGGAAAUCCUGGACCUCAAUGAGCUCACGGGCGAGACCAUCGGCCCCAUCAUGUUGGGCCUGCUCGGCAACUUCCACUUCUUCAAAACGGGCCACCAGGCCGUCCUCAGCAGCAUCCAGUGGGACGCGGCCUUCAUCCCUCUAUUCUCAAUCCGAUACCCAUGGACGCCGCUGCUGGUCAUCCUGAACACGUACGCGGGGCAGAUCCUCGCGGCAGCGUCGGUACCGCUGGUCGUGCUAUGGAAGACGGGCCCCAAGCGCAAGGGCGUGCUCGAGAGCGUCAGCCGGGCCCUGGGUAUCUUCAUAGCGUACUACGCCGUCGAGUCGCUGGCCACGAUGGCGUGGGCCGGCUGGCUGAGGAGACACCUCAUGCUGUACCGCGUUUUCAACCCGCGGUUCAUGAUGGCGGCCAUGGUGCUGCUGAUCGUGGACCUGGUUGGGAUUUUGAUCACGUUGACGGGCGUGAGAAGCAAUACCCUGUCCAUCGCGGAGGUCUUUGGCAUGGCGGAUUAA